GUCCGCUAAUUGCAUAUCCCCGUUGUAGGGUCUAUAAUAAAGGUAGACGGUACAGUUACAGUACAAUUCAAUACAAGGAGGCUAGGAGAGCCAACAGUUGAGGGGAGAAGGUCCAUGGGUACAAGGUACUUUGCUUGGGGGGACUUUUCUCAAUGGAUAAGAGGAGAGGACAAGGUGCUUUGCCGGGUGGGGGGCUUUUCUCAAUGACGGAUAGAGAAGGCGCUUGUAGGUCCUAUAAUAAAGAUAGACAGUACAGUUACAGUACAAUUCAAUACAAGGUGGUUAGAAGAGCCAAUAUGAGAGGGAGACCAUGUUCCGUUUGUUCCCGUGUGGAGCCAAAACCACCACUAGAGAAAAUCCAUGUGCCGUAUGAGAGAAGGAAGUGUCCUCAGUGAAGGAAGGGUGGCGGCCAUUUUGUUGUAGCUCAAAAGCAACUUACGAAGAAGAAUGUCUCCUCUAAGAAUCUUCUGGAGAGUUUGCAGAGUGUGAGACCAGAGAGGGGGAGGAUGAAGAUCUGAUUAACGUAAAAAUAGAGGAUAUAAACAAAGAAGAGACGUAUGUGAAGGGCGAUCAGCAAUUUACAAAGGAAAUCGGGAUGAUGGACGCAGUUAAAGAGGAAGAAACUUCUUCAGAUAUCAGCUCAGAUGGACUGUGUGGUGGGAAUAGAAGGACAUCGGAGGAAGAUGUGAAUACAGAUGAUGAUGACAUUGGAUGUUCUCCAAAAGUAAAUUCCAUUCCUCCUAAUAAACAUGACAGACCUGACCAUUGGAAGAGAUCAUUGGAUGUGUCUAAUUCUGAGGAAUCUCCUCAUAAGUCACCUCCUUGGCCUUCAGAUCGUCCUCUAAUAUCUGACAGUGCGGAUGGGUGCGGAGAUCCAUCUAAUCUCAAGGAAUCUUCUCCAAACCAUAAAGGGGUUCAUACAGGAGAGAACUCGUUGUCGUGUUCAGAGUGCGGGAAAUGUUUUACUCAGAAGGAACACCUUCUUAGCCACCAGAGAUGUCAUGUUAGUGAACGUCUUUAUUCCUGUCCAGCGUGCGGAAAAUGUUUCACCCGGAAAGCAAGUCUUAUUUCACAUCAGAAGAGUCACACAGCUGAAGAUCCUUUUUCAUGUUCAGAGUGCGGGAAAUGUUUUAAUGGGAAAAGUCAACUUCUUAGACACAUGCAAACUCACACUGAUGAGCAUCCUAUUUCAUGUUUAGAGUGCGGGAAAGGUUUUAGUUCAAAAGCAGUCCUUCUUAUACACCAGAGAAGUCACACGGGGGAGCGUCCCUAUUCGUGUUCAGAGUGCGGGAAAUGUUUUAGUAGUAAAGGAAACCUUUCUCAGCACCAGAGAAUUCACACUGGUAAGCAUGCUUAUUCAUGCUCAGAGUGCGGGAAAUGUUUUAGUCGAAAAGUAGACCUUCUUCAGCACCAGAGAAUUCACACUGGUGGUGAGUGUCCUUUUUCAUGUUCCGAGUGCGGGAAAUGUUUUGCAUCGAAAAGUUACCUUGUUAGGCAUCAGAAAGUUCAUACAGGCGAGCGUCCCUAUUCAUGUCCAGAGUGUGGGAGAGGUUUCCCUCACAAAGGAGGUCUUCUUAGACACCAGAGAAUACACACUGGUGAGCGUCCUUUUUCGUGUUCUGAGUGCGGGAAGUGUUUUAGAGGAACAGAAACCCUUCUAAGGCACCAGAGAGUUCACACAGGUGAGCGCCCCUAUUCAUGUUCCGAGUGCGGGAAAAGUUUUUCUGAAAAAAAGUUGCUUCUUGGGCAUCAGAGAGUUCACACAGGGGAGCGUCCCUAUUCAUGUACAGAGUGCGGGAAAUGUUUCACUGAGAAAGGAGGUCUUCGUUUACACCAGAGAAUACACACGGGUGAGCGUCCCUAUUCAUGUUCAGAGUGCGGGAAAGGUUUUAGUCAAAAAGGAAUCCUCCUUCAGCACCAGAGAAAGAUUCACUCUGUUAAACAUUCAUUUUAGACAUCAGUUCAGAGGGACGCCAUUCGU